AUGACGAUCUUCAACACAUUCGAAAUCAAAAUCGCCCUUUUGGGCUAUGUCAGCGUUGGGAAGACCACAGUGUUGAAUGCCUUGUUCAGAGACAAAUUCUCAGAAGUCUCUGCUCGAAGGACGACGGCGGGUAUCAACUACUUUCGUUGCAUGAGUCAGGGCGCGGUUGCCCCAGGCGAGGUUGAUACUGGCGAGACGUGGUCUCCUGUAUCCGAUGGGUCCACAGCAAAUGCUCAAGAGGUGCUUCAAGAGAUUGUUGAAACAAACAAAGUGCUCCGUGAGGCGAAAGAAAUCCAAGAGAAGUGGUUCAACAUCGAACUAGAAGCUCCCUUUGCCAAAUCCAGAGAAGAUACCAGCAUCGUCGUGGUCGAGAUACCGGGCCUCAACGAAGCUGGUUCGAAGUCAAUUUUCUCCAACUAUGUGAACGAGCACUGGACUGACUUCGAUUGCGUAGUGCUUGUGAUGGAUUCAAGGCAGGGAGUGAAUACCGAAGAGCAAGUCAAGUUGUUGAGGAUGGUGAAGACGAACCUGUCCAAGAAAGAAGUUCCCGUCAUUAUCCUGUUCAACAAAGUGGACGAGCCUGAUGAUGAGGAACAAGCAGAAUUGCUGUCGGAAGCAAGAGCAAAGAUCUCAGAGGUCUUCCAAGUUGGAGAUAGGUCGAAGGCGUUGGAGGAAACGCUGAAAAACCCCAACAUGUCUCCCUCGGAUUACCCCACCUCGAUGUACCCAGUGGUCAUCCCCAUCUCUGCUAUCCACGCCUUCUUCUACCGGACGGCAUCACUUCUUACAUUUGAUGAGUUCCGUGGAAAAUUUGAUAUGAGCCUCAUUGAACGAAUUGGGCGCGAAGAGAUGGGACGUUUCAAAUGGAAGAAGCUCACAGAGGAGGAGAAAUAUUUGGCUGUCUAUGAGGCUGUUCGGGAAGAUGAAAGCUACGAAGAGCGACUUGCUGCUACCAACUUUGACAAGUUCCUAUCAACACUGUCCCUUGCGGUGGGUGGCAAUGAAGUGCAGACGGAGUUGCUGCUACGACAGCUGAACCUUGAAAUCCAGCAUCUGUCCACCAAGACUGCUUCCUCCGAGCACGUUCGCUCGAUUUACGAGAAGACCCGAGUGUUGGGCAAAGAUAUGGAGGCCCUCAAGGGAGCUGUCUGGGCUGUUUAUCGACUGAGCCGCGAUGACGCCCUUGGCGAAUAUGAAGAUGAGUACAGGCCGAAAGGUUUGCUCGAAGCCAUGACCUUCCUCUGCAACUACUUUGCCUGCAUUCAUGGCUUGGAUUGGCAAGAAGAAGAGAAGAUGAUCAAGCAUGAGGCCAGGAAGCUCGUCCGUUGGCAACUCGGAACCAUCAUCAAGAAGCAGAAUCUCUUGGAGUAUGAUGCUUUCCUGGGUCGAGGUCAGCAAUACCAACUCUGCAGAGGUUGCAGGAAGCCUGUCGCAAACGCCAAGAGCUGGAAAAGCCUUUCAAUUCAUGAUUGGAUCUCAAUUUUCGAGUCCACCUUGCUCAUGUCCUGCAACCAAUCCUUUUGUGAGUCCUUUGGCAGAGAAAAGAUCGUGUUGUCCCAGCUGAAGGACAAGUUCAUCACCUUCAAAUCCAAAACCUGCCGCUGCAAGGUUUGCAGCAGUGAAGGUUUUGAUUGCAGCAGUUGUGGAAGAAGCAUGCACCAACCUGAUACUUGCCCCACUGUCAUGGAAACAUGGAACGUGGAGUUUUUGGAUGGAAGCCUGACCAUCAAAGAAGGAGCCAGCGCCAAGAACUUCGUUACGAUUCCCGCGCUGCUUUCAGAUGAGAAGCACUUUGGGCAUCUUGCUUGGAAGUGCUGCAAGCUCAUUGAUGCAAUUGAGAAGAAGAAGUCUGCUCGCUCCCAGGGCAACUAA